AUGUCUCGCUACACCAUGUACGCGCUUAUGCUCGGCGCGGCCGUGGCCCUCGCGGUCACCGGCGGCGCCGAUGCCGCUUGCAUGAGCCAGAAGGACAACGACGACUUCUUCGCCGGUCUCGCUGGCGCACCCAUCCCUCUCGCGAAUUCUUGCUGCCAGAUGGAUGUCUGCGCCAUCCCUUGCCCCGCCGCGCACCCCAAGCCCGCCAGCGGGUUCGGCGUGGGCAUCGGCAUCAUGAUCGCCUUUUUCUGCGCCAUCGGCCUCGGCGCCUUCUACUUCGUCGGCGGCAAGGCUGAGAACUUCUUCGUCGCCGGCCGGUCCCUGCCCCUCUUUGUUGUCACCCUCACCCUCGCGUCGCAGUCCAUCGACAGCAACGCGCUCCUGGGUAACGCCGACCUCUCCUACAAGUACCACUUCUAUGACGGAGCGGUCCUCCCCAUCGGCCUUGGACUCUCUCUCAUCCUCAACGGCAUCUUCCUCGCGCACAAGGUGAACGAAGAGCUCGUCCUCACCCUCCCGGACAUCUACGGCAAGAAGUACGGCAAGGCUGUGGAGAUCGUCACCUCCAUCUGCACCUGCUGCUCCUUCCUCUGCCUCCUCGCCGGUAACCUCGUGGGCAUGAGCGUCAUCCUCGCGUACAUCUUCGACAUCUCCGAGGUUGGCGCCGUGUUCCUCUCCGGCAUCAUCUGCCUCGCCUACACCGCCUGCGGUGGUCUCUUCUCCGUCGCCUACACCGACGUCGUCCAGGCGGCUAUCGGCAUGAUCGGCUGCCUCUCGGUCGCCUACUGGCUCAUCAACAACGCCAAGGAGGAGGCUCCCCCUCCCUCCAUCGGCAUGCCCAAGACUGCCGCCUACACGACCGUCACCAGCGGUACCGUCGCCAACCAGGACAUCGGUUUCUACGUGUACCCCGACGACGCCACCGCCGCGAUGUACGACGGCGUCGAUUGCGAGUUCACCGCCGGCGCCAAGUGCUACAACGCCGCCAAGUGGUGCCCCUCUGAAGACAACUGCGUCGCCGACAACGCCGCCUACCCCAUCGGCGACAAGCGCAUCUUCGAGAACCAGAUGACCGAUCCGGCGGCUCUCACGCCAUUCCCCAACGCCAUCUUCUUCAACUGGGCCACCAUCUUCGUGCUCGGCUUCGGCAACCUCGCCGCGCUCGACUUCCAGGCGAGGUGCAUGGCGGCCAAGACCCCGCUUCAGGCUCGCAUCGGCUGCAUCCUCGGCGGCUUGCUCACCUUCUUCGUCGGCAUCCCCUUCGCGUACCUCGGCGCCAUCACCAGGUACUACUACGGCCCCGACUCCAAGUACGCCGAGUUCGAGGCGGACACCUGCUCCACGAUCCUGGACCUGCCCACGUGCGCGGCGUGGAAACCCGACCCCCAGGCUUUCAUCAAGCUGCUCACCACCGAGCCCCCUGCGUUCCUCGGCGGCUGGGGCCUCCUCGGCAUCGUCGCCGCGUCCAUGUCCACCUCCGACGGAGCCAUCCUCGCGCUGGGCACCGUGUUCUCCCACAACGUCGUGCGCCACUUCGUCGAGUUCGACGACAAGAAGCUCCUCAUGAUCUCGCGCAUCGCCACGAUUCCCUUCGCCUUCAUCGCCAUGAUCAUCGCGUCGGCGUACAAGAGCGAUCACCCCUCGGGCGCCACCGGCUACCUGCUCAUCGUCGCGUUCGACAUCGUGCUCGCGGGCUGCAUCGUGCCCCUGUUCGCGGCCUUCUACUGGCCUUUCGGCAAGCCCAGCCCCGCCGCGGCGCUCAUCGCCGUCGUCGGCGGUACCCUCCUCCGCGUCAUCCUCGAGUUCAGCCUGCCCAAGGAUGGCUGGCUCCUCCUCCCCUUCGCCAAGAAGGAGUUCUACGACUACGGCGUCCCCGUGAAAGACGAGGGUACCCUUUACCCCACCUGGUUCGAUGUACCCGCGGACGAGAAGUGGACCCCUUCGUCGUGCCCGCAGACGAGGUUCGAGGACUACACCGGCGUCGACUCGCUCGCGUCCCCGCUGUUCUCCCUCGUUCUUUUCCUCCUCGUCUCCGGCAUUGAGAAGAUGAAGGGGUCGCCCCUCCUCGACUUCGGCGACUGGUCCGAGCCUUACAACAAGAAGAUCAACGAAGAUAACGCCGCACCCUUGACCAAGGCAUGA